AUGGCGGUACCGGUAUCGAUCGCGCAUCAUCAUCCUUACAUGCUUCAUCAUCAUCAUCACUCUCACCUGCACAAUCACAUAAACACAUGCCCCCUCCAUCAGCUCCAUUACAGCAUAAACUCAUCUCAUCACACUCACCUUCACCAGCUACAAAAUCAUUCACACGAAACAGUCAUUCACUAUCAAAACCAUCACAUAAUAAACAAAUAUUAUCACGCUCUCCUUCACCAGCCACAAAAUCAUUCACACGAAACAGUCAUCCAUUAUCAAAACCAUCACCACAACAUAAACAAACAUUAUCACGCUCUCCUUCACCAGCUACAAAAUCACUUACACAAAACAGUCAUCCACCAUCAAAACCAUCACCACAACAUAAGCAAACGUUAUCACAACCACCACCAUCAUCUGUACACCGAAAUCGCCUAUCUCCAACCAGACAAGGACAUAAAGAAGAGUGGACAAAAGACGGGGAAACAUCUUGUGGGAUACUUUGUUUAUCUUGGACGGACCAAUCCAGUCGAUUGCGCUGCAGAGUAUUUUCGCAGCGUAUUUCCCGAAGAUGAGGAGGUUUCUACAUACCUCACCUUGAAUGGAAGAACAGGACCAGGGGGAUGCAAAUUGCGAGACAGUCGCUUUGCUCAAGCAUGUCAAGAUGCCAUAAACGCCAACAAACAUUUUCCCAGCCCCAAUAAGGUCGAAUUUUAUGACGCUUUGGAGAAGGCUUUAAAAAGCCUUAAAACUAGAAAAUGGCGUUACAACAGAAAACGACGACUUCAUCAAGAAAGUGAGGAAGAAAAUGAGGAAGAAAAUGAGGAAGUCCCACUCAAUCGACGCCAGCGAAUGGAUAACCCGGAAGAGGACACGGGAUUUGAAAACAUCCAGGAGGUAGCUGAGGACGCCAACGAACCAGAGGAGACCCAGCACACGGAGGGAGAAAACGCCGAUGAUAUGGACACCCAGGACACCCAGGAUACCCAGGACACCCAGGACACUCAGGACACGGAUGGAAUGAAGGACAACGACGAGUCUGAAUAUUUGUCAGAAAAUGGUAAAUAA